AUGGGAAUGCAUCCGCAGACGCAGCCUAUCGAAAUCUCGAUCACUUUGCCGUGGGCAACGGACACAGGGAGCCUCCACAUUUUUCUCGGCAGCGACAGCAUUCUUGUGGGCCCACCUGCAGUGCAGUAUGAUUCUGUGAGAUGUCACAUGCGCAGAGUUCUCGUCGGAAUCGGGGCGUUCGAGCUGGAAGUUUCACCGGAGGGGGCAAUCAUUUAUGUGGGCUCAGUUUUGGCAGAUGUAUCCGAAACAGUGGCCCGUUUUCACCGACCAUCGCGAAAGAAGGUUGCACAGGUGACUCUGCGGAUUAUGCGUGCGUGGAAGCGGAGUGACCUUGACACCCUCGGCUUGGCUUCUUGGGACGUCUUGCUGCCCUUGGCAGCACCGGAAGGAAACCUGCAACUCCAGGCUGCUCCCUUUGGAGGCUUCAGCAGCCGCGGUGCAGUGGGAGCACGUCUCUGGCCUUGCUCCUUACUCGUCACUGCGUAUCUGCGGCGGCUCUAUGCCUACAACCCCCAAGAACUACAAGUGCAACUGCUGGAGCUUGGCAGCGGCAGCGGCCUCUGCGGUCUUGUGGCAGCAGCGCAUGGGGCCACGGUGGUUCUGUCGGACGGUGAUGCGCGGGUGCUGCCACUGCUGGAGCGAAACGCGGCUGACUAUACCAGGCGGCACCGUGGGCCACGGCCGCAAGUGCUGCGCUUAGACUUCUCCGGUAGCGGAGACGUGGAAGCCGCAGUCGAGCAGUUCGGCCGCUUCGACUUUGUCAUGGCAUCGGAUGUGCUCUACGAACAUCGUUUAGUUUCACCCUUCUUUCGUUCUGCUACAGAGCUUCUACGGUCUUCUCAAGGGGAGUCGGGCGAGUCCAGCCCCACAAUCUUGGUGGCUGUUGAGCUCCGGCCCUGUGGUGUGGACCUGGCUAUGGCAAUCCAGAGGGAGGGGAGGCAUCAUGGCUUUGUCGUAAGCGACGUCACGGACCAGAUGCAGCUCUGGGUUGUGACCCCUCCUGAGGACUUGCAAGCGCUGGGAACCCACGAGUGGUACUCGCGAUAUUGGUCCCGACAAGAAGCGUCCGUUUCCGGUGUGCUGGGAGGCCACCCGGAGACUUCCCGUCAGGACCUGGAAGCCUCGGAGGCCUUUCUGGGUGGCCUGCAGGGCACGAGAAAGUUUGAAACUGCCCUGGAGUGUGGUGCGGGCAUAGGACGAAUCACAGAACACCUUCUUCUACGGCACUGUGAGGUGGUGGACCUGCUGGAACCCAGCCCCCAACUACUCGAGGAAGCUCGCAGUCGCCUCCUGUUAGGAGGCCAUUUAAAGGGCGGUUCAGCGACCCGGCUAGGGACGGCAAGGCACUUCCUGGAAAAGUCACUCCAAGAUGUGGGCACGCUCCCCGACCGCUAUGACCUGGUUUGGGUUCAGUGGGUCUUGCUUUAUCUCACCGACGCGGAUUUGAUUGAUGUUCUGCGGUGCUUGCGACAGGCCAUGCAGCCCUCUGGCCUGUUGGUUGUGAAGGAGAACUGUCUGCUGAACAACUCCCCUGGGCUUGUGGAUGAGCGAGAUGCCUCCAUCACGCGAUCUGAUAGGCACAUGAGGGACCUCUUUGCGCAAGCCGGCCUGGAGCUUGUUGCCAUGGAGAAGCAGAAGGAUUGGCCUAUGAACCUCCUUCCUGUCAUGAUGUUCGCUUUAAGAUAG